GUGCCACCCGCCAUUAAAGAAGAAGAAGAAGAAGAAGAAGAAGAAGAAGAAGAAGGGGAAACUUUACCUACUUUGUUGUGAAUACAUCUUGACAAGGCUGUUGACAUGUAUCAUGACGAUAAAUAAGGUGACUUAGCCACCCAGUAUGCGGUUUCCUGACCAGUGAAGAGGAGAGGUCGCAAUGAUCUGUAGCAGUGAGAGGUUGUGGUGGCCACAUCAGUAACUGUCAUCACGGCGGGGGACCUUCGAACCUCCGUCUGCAGGGUGGUCAUCUAUCUCCAAAAGGACAUGUCUGGAGAGAGCUGCCUGCCCCAGCAACAUUCCCGGUCAGACUCCACCUCCCCAGCCCCUCCUCUGACCUGUUCCAAGUCUAAGACCUGCAGUUAUCAAGGAGCGGUCGGCCUGGGCAACAAGUAUGUCCGCAUUAAUGUUGGUGGGGCCCUGUUUUACACCACACUGCAAAUACUAACCAGGCAGGACUCCAUUCUGAAAGCCAUGUUCAGUGGAAAGAAGGAAGUGUUGACUGAUAAAAAAGGUUGGAUCCUGAUUGACCGCAGUGGGAAACACUUUGGCAGCAUACUGUCCUACCUGCGUGACGGCACAGUCACCUUACCCAAAGGCGGUCAGGCUGUUAAAGAGCUGCUGUCUGAGGCAAAGUAUUAUCUCAUCCAGGGCCUGGUGGAGCUUUGUCAAAACACCCUGCAGGGCAAUAAAGAGCAGCCCCUGUGUGUUGUACCUGUGGUGACCUCUAGUAAGGAAGAAGAGAGGCUCAUCCAAUCUUCCUCAAAGCCUGUGGUGAAGCUGUUGUACAACAGAAGCAAUAACAAGUACUCUUACACCAGUAACUCAGACGACAACCUGCUGAAGAACAUCGAGCUCUUCGACAGGCUGUCUCUCAGCUUCAAUGGCCGCGUCCUCUUCAUCAAAGAUGUAAUUGGAGAUGAGAUCUGCUGCUGGUCCUUCUAUGGUCAGCGCCGCAAACUUGCUGAGGUGUGCUGCACCUCCAUUUUCUAUGCCACAGAGAAGAAACAGACCAAGGUGGAGUUUCCAGAAGCUCGUAUCUAUGAGGAGACUCUAAAUACUUUGUUGUAUGAGACAAUGCCACCGCCUGACAACUCCCUGCUGGAGGCCACUCGUAGAAGCUAUAACAACUGUGGCUCUCUCAGUGAGGAGGAGGAAGUGUCGGGGGGAGCUGAGCUUCGUGAGCGUGUUCGUCGUAUCCAUGUCAAGAGGUACAGCACAUAUGAUGACCGGCAACUGGGACACUGAGACUGAAACCCCCAAGCACUGGGCUGAUUUGAGCUUUUCACAUUAAUGAACAAACGUGUGAUGAUGCCUGUUUAUGUCUAUUUUGAAAUUCUUAUUAUCUUAGUAUCUACCACUACUAUCUAAAAGAAGUCAGAGUUAUGACAUUGAUGUAAUUACAUCUGACUUUUUGACCUAUCAUAAUUUAGGAAUUAUCAGAGGACUCAAGGCAGAUACUUCAAAUGUCAAGAGAGUCGUAGCUUUUACUAAGUAAAUGUAGUUUAUUAGUGGAGGACAAACCACUAACGUGCACUAUUUCUUAGAUAAAAUAAAAUAUUGUAAAUGGACUGUAUUUAUAUAGUGCUUUUCUAGUAUUAUUGACCACUCAAAGUGCAUUACAGAACAAGUCUCAGUCACCCAUUCAAAUACAUAUUCAUAUCGUGCUUCUAUAAGCAGCACUUUUUUUUAAUCAUUCACACACUGCAAUUUGGCAGUUUAGUGCCUUGCCCAAGGACACUUCAUCGGACUGGAGGAGCCAGGGAUCAAACCACCGACCUGGCUAGUUGAGGAUAUGUUCUGCCUCCUGAGCCACAUCCGCCAACUAUGUUAUAGCACUUACUAUCUGAAUAAGCAUGUUUUCUAUUUGUAGAUUGUAUUUUUCAUUUACACAUUUAUAUUUACAACAGCCUUUUGUUCGCCCAAGAUUUAGUUUUACCAGAAUUGCCUCUAACCAUGAUGCCUUUUUCCAGUUGUAGAUAAACGUUCUUGUUAUUCAAAAA